AACAAAUGCUGCUGUUGUGUUUUUCGGGCAUAAAACAAUAAAAACAUCUUUGACUUUCGUAGUUUGCGCUUGGUAAUAUUGAGAUGAACGAGCGCUCAGACUGUAGUUCGCUGAUAAGCACUUGUAUUCGCUUCGACGAACAUGAGCCGGAUGCAACAGAUGAAGACAUGACAUUUUGCAUGUCCAACUAUGCAAAAGAAGCACUCAAGAUGAUGUAUAUGAUGCGAUCUCAUGGCAUGCUGACUGACGUUAUGCUCGAAGUGAAGAAGGAGCUUUUUCCCGCACAUAAAGUAGUGCUCUCCGCUGCCUCACCAUAUUUCAAGGCCAUGUUCACUGGUGGCCUAAAGGAAUCGGAGAUGUCCCGCGUCCAACUCCAGGGGGUGUGUCCAACAGCGAUGUCCAGAAUAUUGUAUUUCAUGUACACCGGACAGAUACGCGUAACAGAAGUAACAGUGUGCCAGCUUUUGCCCGCCGCAACCAUGUUCCAAGUGCAAAAUGUUAUAGACGCAUGCUGUGCAUUUCUGGAGCGUCAACUGGACCCAACUAAUGCCAUUGGUAUUGCCAAUUUUGCGGAACAGCAUGGCUGUGUCGAGCUACAGAAGAAAGCAAAUCACUUUAUUGAACGACAUUUCACGCAAGUCUGUCAGGAAGAAGAAUUUCUGCAGCUGUCCGCUUAUCAGAUAAUAGCCCUCAUCCGACGUGAUGAGCUAAAUGUGCAAGAGGAGCGUGAGGUGUACAAUGCCGUGCUGAAGUGGGUAAAAUACGAUGAGGAUAAUCGACAUUGCAAAAUGGAGCAUAUACUAGUCGCCGUCCGUUGCCAAUUUCUGACGCCGAAUUUUCUGAAAGAGCAAAUGAAAAACUGUGAUGUACUGCGCAAAGUGCCUGCCUGCCGUGAAUACUUGGCUAAGAUCUUUAAGGAUCUCACACUGCACAAGUGUCCUGGAGUCAAAGAGCGCAAGCCAAACACCACACGCAUGAUAUUCGUCGCCGGUGGCUUCUUUCGGCAUUCCCUAGACAUACUCGAGGCCUACAAUGUGGAUGACAAAACGUGGACUACAUUACCAAAUUUACGCAUACCACGCUCUGGACUUGGUGCUGCGUUUCUCAAAGGCAAAUUUUAUGCCGUAGGCGGACGCAACAACAAUAUUGGAUCAUCCUAUGAUUCUGACUGGGUGGAUCGUUACAGUGCCGUAAGCGAGACAUGGCGGCCAUGCUCACCAAUGUCUGUGCCGCGGCAUAGAGUGGGCGUGGCUGUUAUGGACGAACUUAUGUACGCUGUUGGCGGUUCGGCCGGCAUGGAGUACCACAACACAGUGGAGUACUACGACCCAGAGCAGGAUCGAUGGACGCUUGUGCAGUCAAUGCAUGCGAAGCGCUUGGGCGUUGGAGUUGUUGUUGUUAAUCGGCUGCUAUACGCAAUUGGCGGCUUUGAUGGCUCUGAACGUUUAGCCAGUGUCGAAUGCUAUCAUCCGGAAAACAAUGAGUGGAGUUUCCUGCCAUCCUUGAAAACUGGGCGCAGUGGAGCAGGUGUUGCUGCCAUUAACCAGCACAUUUAUGUUGUGGGUGGAUUCGAUGGCAUGCGUCAGCUGGCGACAGUGGAACGGUACAAUACAGAGAAUAAUACCUGGGACAUGGUUGCACCCAUACAGAUCGCUCGCAGCGCUUUAUCUCUGACACCGCUCGAUGGCAAGCUGUAUGCCAUUGGCGGCUUUGAUGGAAGUAACUUUUUAUCGAUCGUUGAGGUUUAUGAUCCCCGUACAAACACUUGGGAGCAGGGAACACCUCUGAAUUCUGGACGCUCAGGUCACGCUUCUGCGGUUAUUUAUCAGCCGUCAAGCGCCGCAACUUUUAUGGACUAUGAAGAAAGCGAAGCACCCAAACGUGACGAACCAAAUGACGACAGAUCUAACGACGCAACACGGCAUCCUUGUAGCGACAGGACUGCAAACUACUGCAGCAUGUCGCCAAAUAUGCAAUUUCAUGCAUCCUAUGGUGCAGGCUGCAAUAAAUGCGAUUCGAUGGAUGAUGUUAAAAGCGAUGCUCAAAUAGAAUUACGGAAAGAAAACGAGGAUCGCAUUCCUCAAACGUCACAUUGGCGCAAAAGACGACAAAACAGCGACAACAGCAAAAGAACCCAAUUUUUUUCAAAAGAAACUGAUAAAGUAACUAAAGUAACUCUGUCCAGUGCCUGCGUAACUGAAUCAAAAAAAUGCCUUGGGCUGUGUCCAGUUUAUAAGGCCAUGCAAAGUAUGAUAAGUAAUACCAUUGAAUGGCACAGAAAGUCAUCAAGUCCUUCAUGACAAUUUAAAGGAAACAUAGCGCUUCCAAAAUGCCAAAUACGUUAAAUAUAUGUACCUUAGCCUAUUGUAAACACUUAACAAGCCAUUACAAAUAUUUUUAUAAACAAGCAUUCCAACCAUACACAUAUUUAUAAUCAUACAUAGUGUACGUGCAUGUAGCAGUGAGUUCCAUCGUUAUAGGUUAGAUUUAUUAAAAUAAAGUGUGUAAUCAAGUGCAAUUUUGAUCAUCUUACAGGCGUUUUACAACUGUGUAUAUUUCAAAUGCUGUAAGACUGUAAAUAUAUCAAAUGAUAUUCAUUUAUAAAGAAAAGAAAUUAUUGUUUAUUGAUUGCUCAGUUAGAACUAUAACUAUGCUACACACUGUAUGUUUUUAUCUUUACAUUGGGUAUUUAAAAUGCAUUCAUUGAGGAUAUUUUAGUUUAUUCUUCGA